AUGUCACAAGAAAUGAAAGACCCGGUUGGAGAUGUCGACAGCGCAACUUUGGAUGUGAAAGAAAGAAAUAGCGAUUACAAGAACAGCGAUGGAUUUAACGAGAUAAAUUUAUGGGAUGAAUAUCCGGCAAUACUUUCGGAGUAUAAGAAAUAUACGCGCUUCCCGCCAAUAGGCUAUUACAACGCUAGAAUUAGACCAUUGAACGCUAAACUGUUCAUAAUAAAUCUUUUGGACUUCAGCAGCACAGUUUUCUCGGUAGUAGAGAUGAACACGAUGAUAGUGUACGUUCAGAGUGUGUUUGGCACACAUGAGUACGAAUUCAGCAAGAAACACGUGGACAAUUCGUAUAUGGUCCUUGAUGCGUUGCGUCUGGGAUACAACAGCUUUAUAUGUGAUCUAAUACCAUCACAGCAAAGUUUAGACUACGAGAACGGUGUGCCGCUCGACAAGAUUUUCUCCAAGACCCAGCCUGAAGCGGCCAAGGGCUUCUGGAACAGAACGGUAAAGUCCCUUUAUAAGUCACUGCGAGAAAAUACUACAGAAAGGAGCCGUUCUGUCAGCACAGACCUGAACACAGCGGUCUCUUUUCUGGACCUCGAAACAGAAUACAACAAGGUCUUGGAGAGCCUCAGUGCUAAAAAAGAAAGCUUUAGUUUCAAGGCGGUUCAAUCUAAGUUCAACACAAUACAAGAGGAGGAGUACUACGAUGUGGAAGGCGGUAUAGCAGAGAACAGUUUUGCAGUGGAUGUUGUCGUGGACAAGGAUCUGGAGGAUGCACUGGAAAUUGUUGACCAAUCCAAGAGUGGCGAUCUCAUUCCAUUAUUGCUCGGCGCGCCGCUCGAAAACCAAGAUUUUAAUUUUUUAUCAACGAAGAAAAAGCCUCAAAUUGUUGUCAGCGAGCUAAAUCUGAAACAGGUGCCAUCAUUUAAAAAACUGAAGAGCUGCUUCACAGAAUUUUUUCAGACACAGAACAACUACCAUUUGAUCUUGGAGUCUUUUUAUGAUAACGUUGUGAGGAAAUGUGAACAAAUUACCGACUUGAAGGUUAGAAAGGUAUUUGAAAAUUUUCAAGAGGUUCUCAAAAGUGAGCGGGUAAUAUUUUACUUCUUCAUGAGAAUACUAGGCUUUACAGAUAGUGUACUGGAGUGGAGAGGGAUGCGCAACAUGGAUACGGAUGAAAGUUACUACAAAAACAUUUUAGUGCACGGAUUUGAUCACCGAGUUAAAGAUAGUGGGACCGACAGCUCUCUUGAUGCAUCACGUAAUAGCUCGUCAAUAUAUAAUUCCUCAUCAUCGCACAGAGCAACCGAGCAAACCUGCAAUGAAAGAAAGCAGUUCCGUACCUCGGGUACUGAAACGACAAACGAAAUGGCCAAAGUAGCGGAACGCCUGCUUGAUGGCUCGUUUUAUGAAUUUAGUGGCGGCAAUCUCAAUGAGGCCAUCGUUGAGAUUGUUGAGAAAUUAGAAAAUAUGGGGAAGGUGAGUGACAGAGUUGAGAAGAUUUUCGUAUUUUUCGAUCACUAUGUGGAAUUAAUGGAGAAGUAUAAGGGAUUCUUCACACUUUACAGUAUGCAUGAUAUUACACCGAUAUUAGAAUCGAAGAAAGUAUUGCUUGGUUCGUUUGAGGGUGGCCUGGAAGGUGUUUUUAUACUUCCAGUGCAACGUAUGGUUCGUUAUAAACAGUUUCUGGAGAAAUUCUACAAAUACAUCGAUGCUCGAUUCAUUACUAAACGGUUUACGGAUGCCCUGACCAAGCUCAGUAAUUUUAUUUUUGAGCUUGAUAGGGAAAGGUUCUGUUUUGAGAGCGGAAGAAAAGCUUUUAUUAUCCAAAAAAGGGUUGAAAAUUGUCCACCCGAUAUUCUUAACGUUAAACGGGCAUUUAAAAGACAGCUGAAUGGUGAUAUAGCAGGAAUAGUGCGAUUGACAUUUUUUCUGUACAAUGAUAUCAUCAUGGUGGCAGCACGAAGCAGUAAUGAGACAGAUGUGUUCAAAGAGAACGGGUUGAAGGUGUGCUUUGUAAAAUAUUUGCCUCUACAAAAUGUGAGAAUAAUACAAGUGGGCAAAAACAUGCUGAAGUUUAUCUUUACCGAAGAGGUUACAGAAAAAAAUUUGGCAAACGUACCAGGCAGCCGAGUAAUCAAUACGGGUGAUGACGUAACUGAAACAUUCGUUGUGAGUGUUAAGGAUAGAAAUGCCAACGAUUUUCUAAAGGAGUUCUUCUUUUUCAGGAACAAUGACUAUUCCAUGAAAAAGCAGAGUAAAAUGUUCUUUGACAUAAUUGAUAGCUCGUUCAUGUUUUAUCACGUGAUAGAGUAUGAUAAGUACCAGAAAAGGGGCAAUUCGAUAGUUCUCAACCUCAGCAGUAAGGAAAUCAGCAAGGGAAGGGAACGGAAGAUGAUUGGCAAAAUUAAUGCAGAGAUUAGCAAGUUCUUGAUUAAUAGGGAGAAACUGAUAUGGACUAUACGACAGAAGACGAUUAAAACGAGUAUAACUCAUGAAUGUGCAAAGCGAGACAUGGAUGGCAAUGUGCUAUCGCGGAGCCAUACCAGCAAACCUGCGGGUGAAACCCUGCUUGAGCGAAACUUGAUAGAAUGUACUGUGUACAGUUCGAAGAAGAUAGGAAUCAAGCCAUUGAUCAUGGAUGGCAACGAGUUCAAAGCAAGAUUUAGGAGCCUGUUUCUCAAAAGCAUACAGAUCAACACGCAAUUCUUUCCUCUGCAGAAGGAAAAGAACGCUGAGAUGCGCUGCAAUCUCAUGGUUAAUGAACAACAGGAUAAUUACGGCUUACGAAUACCCGGAGAUUACAAAUUUAUCGAGACCAACAUGGCAGUGUUUAAUAUUAUAAGGCAGUGCAUGCUAUUUAUAGAGGAGGAGCUGAGCAAACACAGGGACGACAAUGAGGACGAAGACACGAUUAUUACCUUCAGUUUCUUCGGGAGCAAAAGGCAGAGCAUCAAAUUUUAUAAGACAAUACGCGUUAGCGAUCUCAAAGGCUUUUUAAGAAAGGGUAUGCCUAAGAGAAACGUGCUGGAAGAAGUAGGCGCAAGUAAGCUCACCAACAUAGUUGCUACAUACUUCCAAUACGCAGUGUAUGAUAUAUUCACGUAUGAUGACCUAAAGAUGAUUUUUACAAACCUGAAAAACAAUCUCUGCAUCUUACCGAGCGCCAAGAAUGAGAGAAGACUGUUUUUCGUGGUGGUGUUUACCCAUUUUAUGAGAGUAAGCAAAAUAUUGGGAACAGAGAUAUUUGUGGAUCUGAUCAGGUACUUAUUUGUGAAUUUUGGCGUAUUAGAAAAUGAGAUAUUGCUGCACUGGCUCGAAUUUGUCUUUGAUGAGCUGCACAAGAUGCAAACAUGUAUUUAAUGGCGUACCGAUGUGUAUGGCAUUGUAAGUUUGUCCACACGAGAAUACGGCAUCACAGAUAUUAAAGGUUUGUUGCAUUUGAAUGUACCCCUGCGUACCAAGUCCUGGUAUUUCAUCAGUAUCUCUGCAUAGGUAAAAAUCCUAUGUUUGAGUAAAACCGAGUAGUUCCCCCUUCCUUGUUCUUCUUUUUAAAAUGAAUACCAAAUUUAUUCGUUACAUCACGGUCCUUCUUUAUACCAUUGAGUUAAUCACCCCUCAAUGUCAGAUAAUUUCACAGAAGAUGAGUUGGACAGAAUAAUACAUUAUUUGGAACAGGUGAAUGUUUCUCUUGACAACAUUUUCUCGCUGUCGGAUGAGAUGGGUGAUAUUUCGUACAGCCUGGACAAACUCGGCAAAUAAUUAACGUGUCGGGAACGUGCCAUUAGAUAGUGUGUAAAUGAUUAAACAUGGCCA